AUGGCCAAGGACCCUGAAGGAUCAGAAGUUGGCACACUACAAGGAAACAAUCAUACUGGAAUUGUCUCUUUUCCCGACUUCAAGAUUCCUUCUAACCCGAAAUACGGUAGAUGGACAAUUAAAGCUAAAUACAGAGAGGAUGAUUCAAUCAAUGGAACCACACACUUUGACGUCAAAGAACACGAUAAAGCUUACAAAAUAACUCUCAUGCCAAUACGUGAUCUGCAGCACCAAAUUGGAAUUCCAGGUGAAGCCCAAGAUGUGAGUCUCCAGCCAGAACAUUACCUGAAAGAGAAAAUACAGGAACAAGUUUCUACAUACAAACAUCCAAUGCUAAAGAAGUGCUGUUAUGACGGAGCUUUACUUAAUACAUAUGAAACGUGUAAUCAACGAGCUGAACGUGUGAAAAUAGGCCCCCGCUGUGUCAGAGCCUUCACUACUUGCUGUACCCUGGCAAAGAAGAUCAGAGAUGAACACACCUUUAAACAAACCCCCUUGUCAAUUCCCCCCAGAAAUGAAGAGAGUAUCUCACUGUAUUGAAUGUGUAAUGAGAAGAGGGUGCUCACGGCACUGUUGCUGCCACAAAGAAUGCUGGCAUGCUGCCCAGGGAGAGCUGAAGACCCGAAGCACACACUGCUGAGUGCCACCGUGCUGCCCAGGUGCUCAGAUGUCUGAACCUCUAAGUGGAAUCAACACUGAUGACCAGUUGUGCCAGCAGAGCCUGAGGCCUCUAAAAUGAUAAUCAUAAUUAGAAUAUUUAAAUCAAUAAACUACUAUUACCCAGGUGGAGAGAUUUUCAAUGAUGAAGUUUUUCCCAUGGUGCUUACAUCUCACCUGUCCAUUUAUAUCCCUUGGACAGUUUUCCAUACCAGGCAAUUUAUUUCUAUUCUAGCCCAUUUUGGUUUUUAUUUUCUCUGAAAUUAUUGAGGCCAGGAUCAAUUCUUUGCAUGUAACUUUUAUUUUAAGACAGAUUCACUUUUUGCUUGUUUGUUUUUCAUUUAAUUUUUGCAUUUUAGGGAAUUCUGUUGUUAGUUGCUUUAUUUUGUUGACUGUAAUUAUUUCAUAAAUAUAGACUGGAGUGUGUAGACAUCAGAAUUUUCAAGGUUUGGUGGGAUGGAGUGCCCGUUAGUCCUAAGAACUCAGCUAAAAGCCCCUGGUUUAAUCUCUUGCAAUAAUAAAGAACUUCAAGAUUUAA